AUGUUAUUUUGUUUAAUUCAAACUAAUAGUUUGUUUAAAUUAUUUUAUUUUAGAUUUAAAAAAGCAAUUUUUUUUCAAACAAGACUUUUUUCAAGUGAAAAACCUCCUAGUGCAUCAAACGAUGGAUCUGAUGAUGAUGAUGGUCGAGAAUAUCAUGAGGAAAAAACUCAAUCAACACAUCCUUCCUUGCCUGCUACUGUUGUAGUGCCAGAAGUUUGGCCUCAUGUACCAAUAAUUCCUAUUAACAGAAAUCCAGUGUUUCCCAGAUUUAUAAAAUUAGUCGAAGUAUCAAAUCCUGUUUUAAUUGAUUUGAUUCGUAGAAAAGUUCGAUUAAAUCAGCCUUACGCUGGAAUAUUCUUGAAGAAAUCUGAAGAAAAUGAUAAAGAAAUUGUAAAUUCCUUGGAUGAAGUGUACUCAGUCGGGACUUUUGCUCAAAUUCAUGAAAUGCAAGAUUUAGGGGAUAAAUUAAGAUUGGUUGUUAUGGCACACAGAAGAAUAAAAAUAAUUCAACAACUACCAGAUGAUGUAGAAACAGAUGAUGUAAGUAAUAGAAAGAAAAGACGAAAAAAAAGAAGUUUAGAUAAUUCUUCAGAAAAUAUCAAAGAACCAAUUGCAGCAGUUGAAAAAGAAAAAGUUGACUCUAAAAAGGAUAAUGUAUCAAGUCAUCAGAUUUUAAUGGUUGAAGUAGAAAAUGUUACACAUGAAAAAUUUAGGCAAACAGAAGAAGUCAAGGCUUUAACUCAAGAAGUGAUAAAAACUAUAAGAGAUAUUAUUAGCAUGAACCCAUUGUACAGGGAGUCAUUACAACAAAUGUUACAUCAAGGUCAAAGAGUUGUAGAUAAUCCUGUUUACUUAUCAGAUUUAGGAGCAGCGUUAACUGGAGCUGAAGCUGCUGAGUUACAAGCUGUUCUAGAAGAGACUGAUAUUCCUAAAAGACUGAUGCUAUCCUUGUCUCUACUUAAGAAAGAAUUUGAAUUGAGUAAACUGCAAGCCAAAAUUGGUAGAGAAGUUGAAGAAAAAGUAAAACAACAACACAGGAAAUAUAUUCUUCACGAGCAAUUAAAAGUGAUAAAGAAAGAGUUAGGAUUAGAAAAAGAUGAUAAAGACGCCAUAGAAGAAAAGUUUCGAGAAAGAAUAAAAGGAAAAAAGGUUCCGAAAGCAGUAGAAGAUGUUCUUGAAGAAGAACUGAAUAAAUUAGGAUUUUUAGAAAGCCAUUCGUCUGAAUUUAAUGUUACAAGAAAUUAUUUAGACUGGCUUACGUCACUUCCCUGGGGAGUCACAAGUCCUGAAAACCUAGAUUUAACAAGAGCUACGUCAAUUCUGAACGAAGAUCAUUACGGAAUGGAAGAUGUUAAAAAACGUGUUUUGGAAUUUAUUGCGGUCAGUCAGUUAAAAGGAAGCACUCAGGGAAAAAUUUUAUGUUUUUUCGGGCCGCCAGGAGUUGGAAAAACCAGCAUUGCGAGGUCUAUUGCUAGAGCCUUAAAUCGGGAGUAUUUUAGAUUUAGUGUUGGUGGUAUGACUGAUGUUGCUGAAAUUAAAGGUCAUAGAAGAACUUACGUAGGAGCAAUGCCUGGAAAAGUAAUUCAGUGUCUGAAAAAAACCAAAACUGAAAAUCCUUUAAUACUUAUAGAUGAAGUCGACAAAAUAGGAAAAGGCUACCAAGGAGAUCCAUCGUCUGCACUUUUAGAAAUGUUAGAUCCAGAGCAAAACUUUAACUUUUUGGAUCACUACCUUGACGUUCCCGUUGAUUUAUCUAAGGUUUUAUUUAUAUGCACUGCUAAUGUGGUUGAAACCAUACCUGAACCAUUAAGGGAUAGAAUGGAAAUGAUAGAUGUCUCUGGAUACGUUGCAGAAGAAAAAUUAGCCAUUGCUAAACAAUAUUUGGUACCUCAGGCCAUGAAAGACGCGGGUCUUAAAACUGAACAAUUAAAAAUUCAUGAUGAUUCUUUGACAACUCUGAUUAAAAACUAUUGUAGAGAGAGCGGAGUGAGAAAUUUACAAAAACACAUUGAAAAAGUUGUACGUAAGGUGGCUUAUAAAGUUGUACAACAGGAAGCUAACGUCAUUCAAGUUGUUCCUGAGAACUUGAGUGAAUUUGUCGGUAAACCCGUGUUUACUCAUGAUCGCAUGUAUGAGGAAACCCCUCCAGGUGUCGUUAUGGGUUUGGCAUGGACAGCAAUGGGUGGCUCUACUCUUUUUAUUGAAACAGAAACCAGAAAACCAUUUGAUGACAAAAAUAAUGAAGGUUCGUUAGAACUUACAGGACAUCUUGGCGAAGUGAUGAAGGAAUCUGCAAGAAUAGCUUUAACAGUUGCAAGAAAUUACUUAAAAACUACUGAUCCACAAAAUAGUUUUCUCUACCGCAGCCAUUUGCAUUUACACGUACCAGAGGGUGCUACACCAAAGGAUGGGCCAAGUGCUGGUUGCACAAUUGUAACUGCUCUUCUUUCUUUAGCUAAAAAUUUACCUAUUCGACAAGAUGUAGCAAUGACCGGUGAAGUAUCUUUAAAAGGAAAAAUAUUACCCGUGGGUGGUAUCAAAGAAAAAACGAUUGCGGCGAAAAGAGUUGGAGUAAAUUGCAUCAUAUUACCAGAAGAAAAUAAAAAAGAUUAUAAUGAUCUUCCUAAAUACAUAACAGAUGGACUUGAGGUUCAUUUUGUGGCAACCUAUGAUGAUAUUUAUAAAAUUGUAUUUCUUAAUGGCUAG